CCUGCGACGCGACAACGACCGAAAAGUCCCAAUGCGGUACUCCAAGAGGCUGAAGCACAAUGGAUCUUCACAGACGAAGAGCUCGCGAACACGCCCUCAAUACAGGAUGGCAUGUCGGUCGACGAAGAGCGCGACAAGCGCGUGAAAGGCAUCAACUUCAUUGUACAGGUUGGAAUUAUGCUGAAGCUUCCCCAAUUGACACUGAGCACCGCGUCAAUCUUCUUCCAACGAUUCCUUAUGCGAGGCAGCUUAAAGAGAGAGCGCAAUGGUAUCCCGAAGCUCCACCACUUCCAGGCCGCAGCAACGGCGCUGUUUCUGGCGACAAAGGUGGAAGAAAGUUGUCGCAAGAUGAAGGAGCUCGUUUUGGCAUUCUGUCGAGUGGCGCAAAAGAAUCCGAACUUGGUCGUUGACGAGCAGAGUAAGGACUUUUGGAAAUGGCGGGACCUGAUAUUACACAACGAAGACCACAUGUUGGAGACGCUGUGCUUCGACCUGACGGUGGAGUCGCCACACAGGCAGCUGUUCGAGAUGCUCAAGUACUAUGGCAUAGAGCACAACAAGCGUCUUCGCAAUGCUGCGUGGGGUUUCGUCACGGACAGCAACAACACACAGCUCUGCCUCCUGGUCAGCAGCCGAGUAAUUGCGGUUACUAGCCUCUACGCAGCUUGCAAGCAAUGCGACGUGACUCUUCCCGACGAUGCAAAAGGCAGACCGUGGUGGGAAUCUCAGCACGUUCGCACACGAGAUAUUCGGAGAGCCGUUGAGUAUAUACUCUCCAACUACGACCCAUCGACACACAAGAUCAAUGGCAUCUCGGCCAGUGGCGGUUCAGAAGGCAACGAUUCGAUCUACGCUGGACUGCUCACACCA